GUGUGCGUGAGUUGGGAAGUUGGGGUUAGGUUGAUUGCAUAUCCGCACUCCGUAUUCCGUGACGGAGUACCAUGGGAGGCAUACCCAGCACCCCUGCCCGCCUGCAACAUGCCUUUGCUUCUUAAGCGGAAUUGCCGCAGGUAAACUGCAUGAUGCGCGCGCGCGCGCUGCAACAACGCCUGCAGCGCAAGUCCUGCGUUCUGCAACGAACAAAAUUCCCUCAGUACGUAAUCCGCUGGUCAGCAGGCCACGAUAUAUGCGGCCGAGUAAUUCUAUUUCUCCGUUUUCCAAUGAGGCCACAUACUCCGUACAUACCUUACGGAACCGGAACCCUACUACCCCGUACCGUUUGGCUGCUGUAAUCAUCGAUUGCCUGCGACCCUGCGUUGGCCGCCCCCUCCAGGCUCCCCUCCCCCUUCUUGUAUGGAAAAGAAAAUAUCCCGGCAUCACUUAUCAUCAACAGGUUAGGUUACAGCAUCCUGCAUCAAACUAUUGGAGACCCAGCAGGAAACCUUCGCAAGUCCAUUCUCCUCCGUCUUCAAAGACACAUUCAUUGGCUACCACUGGGCGUGAAGUGGGCGCGGGGAUGGGCCUAUGUCGGAGCCCGGAAAACGCUCAAGUUGGAUCCAUCCCGACCCGUUUCGUCCGAAAGUCUUCAAUACCACAUGGCAAUGAUCCGCGCUUUCCGGACCUGUGUUUGUGGGAACGCGGCUCUUGGUAUUUAUAUUACGACAGAACCGUACGUUUCUUCGCGCGCGAGACUCUGGAAUGGCUGGGGAACAAAGCAGACGAGGAAGAAGAAAAAAAGAAACAAGUUCAAAGAUCCUGCUAAAAUGAAGCUAGAAGGAACUUUUGGGUAUCCUCGUUACAACGCUAAGCCCUCCUUUCCCAUGGAAUUCCCCCCAUUACCCUCAAACCUAAGCCUCCCUCGGAGAUGG